AUGGUCAACUCGCGCUUCAUCGGCAACACCGAUCCCAUGAAGGAAGAUACCACCUUCAAGAGGGUCGGCGACGCAGCCGCCCCAAACUUCCGACCCGACCCAGCUGCGCAGCCAUAUCUCGAUGCCAUGGCCGCCGAGCAAGCUACGGAGAAGGAGCGCGAAAAGGAGCGCGAAGAUGGCGACCGUGACGACGAGAAAGAGGCGCUCUUCCGCGUCUACUUCGACAGCGGCCUCACCAAUGAGGCUAUCCUCUCCGGCCCACUCGCAGACAUCGAUGGCAAAGCGCUCCUGCAGCUGCGGGUGACGAUGACCUCCCAAGAGCUUCUCGAUGCCAUAGAGGCGAAGCACGGCGCAGGUGCGAUCAAGAUCACUACUCUCCAUCGUCGGUUUGGAAGUGCCUUCGACGAUGCUGCGGCGGAAGAUGGGGUCGACGUUGCUACCAUGAAGGAUGCGUUCAACAAGGUGUCAACGGUGUCGAGAGCGAGGAAGACGGGCUGGACGAGGCCUGAUGCGAAGGGUCAGAGGAAGGCAUCAGCGUCGACGUCGAAGAGUUCGGCAUCAGGGUCGAAGGGAAAGAAGGUGACUUGA